AUGCUUCUGAUUAUUCUUGCUAGUUUUGCAUUAUUGAGUCUGUGCAAACAUUGUUCUGUAUUUCCUUAAGAUUAUACUAAAAUUGUUGGAAAGGAAAAUGAAAAAAUAGUUUAAGAUUUAGGAAACUACUUUGGAUAAAUUACAUAUAAAGAUGUGGUCACAUUGAGAGAUGAAAAUAGCAAACUUUCUUUAUUGAAUCCAAUUUCACUAGUAACAAAAAUAGAAAUGCCUCGAAAUAGUAACAAAUAUUAUUGAUUUUUAUUAGUCAAUUAGAUAAUAUCGUAUUCUGCAUUAACUUCGCCAUAAUUUCAAUUGCUUAAUAAAUAUUAAUUAUUGGCUAUUAAUAAUGAAGAUGAUUUAAUUUUGAUUUGGACAGAAUAAUUUGUAGCAGGUGCUCAAGGAAGAAUGCCAAAAUUUGAUUCUAACAAAAUUAUUGGAAAAGCAAAUUAAGUGAAUUGUCAAUCAUCUAUAAUUUUAGAUCCAAAACACUUUCUCAUAGAUUGUUAUUAAGUUGACGCUGGAAACUUAAAUAAUCAAUUUUAUUUAAUCAAUUAAGAUAAAGAAGAAAUAAUAAAGAUUGAUAAUUCUUAUCCUUUGUUGACAGUUUAAAAGCGAUACAUUCUAAGCACAAAUAAUUAUAUCUACCGAAUAACCACUCACUCAAGUGAAAAUCCAUCCUAUAUAGAGAUAUUUACUUAUGAUUUAUAAAAGAAUGAAAUCUAAAGAAAAAAAAUCAUUGAUCAAGAACUAGUUUUAAAUUAUAUUAUAAUGCGUAAAUAUGACUUUGAAUUAGUUGAUGUAAAAGUAGGGCCAUUAGAUUAAAUCCUAAUUUUAGAUACUUUUGGAAAUGUAUUUUCAAUGAAGUGGAUUAUUGAUCAAGACAGCUGGGAAUUUGAUUAUUUGGUAAUGAAUUCUGGUUAUUCAAUAUCAUUUGAUUAUUCCUUCAAGUCGAACAUUUUAGCAGUAUUACAACCUUCUAAAAUUAUUUUUGGAAGAUAUUUUACUAAAGAAUAUAAUUCAAUUGAGGAUUUAUCAGGAUCAAAAAUUCAUAUGACCAACAAUUUUUUAUAUUUAGUCUCCUCAACUAAAAUAAUUUCAUUUCAGCUAGGCACUUAUAUGCCAAUCUAUGAAACAGCCGGUGAUUUUAGCAAAUUGUAAACAGGUUAUACAGAAAAUGAUUUUUUAGUUUUAAGCAAUACAAAUAUCAAACAUUAUUAAGGAAGAUCUGAAUAUCAAAUUUAAUAUAUUAAUAAUCAACCUGAAUUAAAGGGGAUAGGAAUAUUAAAAUAUAACUAAUGCUAAGUGACAAUUGAAUAUUAAACUGUAGCUCGUGAUUCAAAACAACUUAUUUUGGUUUCCAAAGAAAAUAUUAUUGAUACCCCUUUUCUUUCUGAUACUAUUUAUUUACCAAAGUCUUAUUCAAACCAUAUCAAUAAAUUAGUUGACGGUCCCAUGUAAUAAAUAUCCUUCUAAAAAAAUUAAAAUAGCAAUUCAUAUUAAAGCGGUAAUUUAAGUUACAUCGGAAUUGCUGGAGACUUAAAAACUGUAUAUGAAAGCGAUGAGCUAAGCUUGAAAAACAUAAUAUUUACAUAAACUAUUUCAAUGUUAAAUUCUUAAGAUAAUAACUAUGUCAUUAUAACUUAGAAUUAGGAAUUGGAGUUGAAGAUUUAUAGUUGUUAUUUUACCAUCGCUUAAGCCUGCACUAUAAGUUAUGAAACUUCCCUUACAUUAAAGAUUACCUCUGAAAACACAGCUAUCUAAUAUGAAGAUUAUACUCUUAAAUUUAUCACUUUAUUAGACCAGAAAAAAUUAUUUUUUUAUUAAUUUUAUUAAGGGGAAUAUUUCAAUAAAACUAUCAUAUUAACUGAUAAAGAUCCAAUCAAUGAGAUAGACAACAUUUAUAAUAACUAUAAAUAUUUGAUAGCUUUUUCAAAAUCCUCAAAAAUAAUUGCAGUUUAUAGCUUUAAAGAUGUCAGUUUUCAAUACAAAAUCACUUUUGAUUCAAUGAACUAAUUUGGGAUAUCUGAUUGGAGUCCUUAAAGACUAUUUUGCAAUAAUUAUAAGUAAAUCCUAUUUGUCCUUAAUGGCCAAUAAUAAAAUGAAGUUUUGAUACUGACAUUGAAUCCGAAUUAUUUUACNUUAAUAAUGAAGAUGAUUUAAUUUUGAUUUGGACAGAAUAAUUUGUAGCAGGUGCUCAAGGAAGAAUGCCAAAAUUUGAUUCUAACAAAAUUAUUGGAAAAGCAAAUUAAGUGAAUUGUCAAUCAUCUAUAAUUUUAGAUCCAAAACACUUUCUCAUAGAUUGUUAUUAAGUUGACGCUGGAAACUUAAAUAAUCAAUUUUAUUUAAUCAAUUAAGAUAAAGAAGAAAUAAUAAAGAUUGAUAAUUCUUAUCCUUUGUUGACAGUUUAAAAGCGAUACAUUCUAAGCACAAAUAAUUAUAUCUACCGAAUAACCACUCACUCAAGUGAAAAUCCAUCCUAUAUAGAGAUAUUUACUUAUGAUUUAUAAAAGAAUGAAAUCUAAAGAAAAAAAAUCAUUGAUCAAGAACUAGUUUUAAAUUAUAUUAUAAUGCGUAAAUAUGACUUUGAAUUAGUUGAUGUAAAAGUAGGGCCAUUAGAUUAAAUCCUAAUUUUAGAUACUUUUGGAAAUGUAUUUUCAAUGAAGUGGAUUAUUGAUCAAGACAGCUGGGAAUUUGAUUAUUUGGUAAUGAAUUCUGGUUAUUCAAUAUCAUUUGAUUAUUCCUUCAAGUCGAACAUUUUAGCAGUAUUACAACCUUCUAAAAUUAUUUUUGGAAGAUAUUUUACUAAAGAAUAUAAUUCAAUUGAGGAUUUAUCAGGAUCAAAAAUUCAUAUGACCAACAAUUUUUUAUAUUUAGUCUCCUCAACUAAAAUAAUUUCAUUUCAGCUAGGCACUUAUAUGCCAAUCUAUGAAACAGCCGGUGAUUUUAGCAAAUUGUAAACAGGUUAUACAGAAAAUGAUUUUUUAGUUUUAAGCAAUACAAAUAUCAAACAUUAUUAAGGAAGAUCUGAAUAUCAAAUUUAAUAUAUUAAUAAUCAACCUGAAUUAAAGGGGAUAGGAAUAUUAAAAUAUAACUAAUGCUAAGUGACAAUUGAAUAUUAAACUGUAGCUCGUGAUUCAAAACAACUUAUUUUGGUUUCCAAAGAAAAUAUUAUUGAUACCCCUUUUCUUUCUGAUACUAUUUAUUUACCAAAGUCUUAUUCAAACCAUAUCAAUAAAUUAGUUGACGGUCCCAUGUAAUAAAUAUCCUUCUAAAAAAAUUAAAAUAGCAAUUCAUAUUAAAGCGGUAAUUUAAGUUACAUCGGAAUUGCUGGAGACUUAAAAACUGUAUAUGAAAGCGAUGAGCUAAGCUUGAAAAACAUAAUAUUUACAUAAACUAUUUCAAUGUUAAAUUCUUAAGAUAAUAACUAUGUCAUUAUAACUUAGAAUUAGGAAUUGGAGUUGAAGAUUUAUAGUUGUUAUUUUACCAUCGCUUAAGCCUGCACUAUAAGUUAUGAAACUUCCCUUACAUUAAAGAUUACCUCUGAAAACACAGCUAUCUAAUAUGAAGAUUAUACUCUUAAAUUUAUCACUUUAUUAGACCAGAAAAAAUUAUUUUUUUAUUAAUUUUAUUAAGGGGAAUAUUUCAAUAAAACUAUCAUAUUAACUGAUAAAGAUCCAAUCAAUGAGAUAGACAACAUUUAUAAUAACUAUAAAUAUUUGAUAGCUUUUUCAAAAUCCUCAAAAAUAAUUGCAGUUUAUAGCUUUAAAGAUGUCAGUUUUCAAUACAAAAUCACUUUUGAUUCAAUGAACUAAUUUGGGAUAUCUGAUUGGAGUCCUUAAAGACUAUUUUGCAAUAAUUAUAAGUAAAUCCUAUUUGUCCUUAAUGGCCAAUAAUAAAAUGAAGUUUUGAUACUGACAUUGAAUCCGAAUUAUUUUACUUUAGAUUAUGUUAUGAAAAUUAACGAAUCAAAAGAUAUAAGAAUAGUUACAUUUGUUGAUAGGUUUGCUCUGAUUUAAUAAUUUGAAAAUGGAAUUAUAAGUUUUGAUGUCUAUAAUAUCAAGGAGGUCACUAAUUUAUAUUUUGAAAAAUCUCCUUCAUUUUAUGAAUUCAAAAUUUCAGAUUUAUAUUCCAUCUAUUGGGUAUCAUCUAAAAAUUUAUUACACUUCAAAGCAGAGUCAGAAAAUAAGUAUUAUUUAUUAUCCUACUUAAUUGAAUAAACAGAUCAUAAUUCAUUACAUUGUAUUUAAGAUUUAAAUUAAACAAACUAAUAUAUUACAGUCGAUAAAAAUCGAAUAUUCUAAUUCAAUUAAGAUGUCAUAUAAAUAUAUUAGAUUGAAAGAAACCCUAAUUUGGUUUAUUACGUGAGUUUUAAGGAUGAAACAUUCAUAAGUAAUGUUAAAUAUUAAAUUAUUUAUAAAAAUGGAUAAGAAUUGUUGGUCGAUCAAAGCUUUAGACUUGUAAAUACGUAUAUUGACUUAAAAGUGUAUCCAAAUAAACUAAAUAUUACUACUAACUUAUCUUCAAAGGUUUAAAACAAUUAUCUUUAAGAUAUGGGAAGAACUUGGUAUUUUGGUGAAGUUAGUAAAUUUAAUUCAGAGGUUCCUGAUGUUAAAGGUUAAAAAAUUGAAAUUAUAGAUCCUAUGGAAUAAGUAAUAGAGUACUAUUAAAAUAGUACAAUUAGUAUUGCUGAUCUAAAUACAAAUUAUGUAUUUGUGUUAAAAAGUGAUAGUUUUGUAAUUGUUAGCAAAAAAACAAAUAUUAUCGUUUCUCAAAAAAGCCUAACAUUAGGAUAUGAUUGCAAAAAUAUAUUAGCUACAUAUUAAUCUUAAAUUUUAAUUAAGUGCACAUAGGGAAAAGCAGUGUUCAUAAGUGGAAUAAAAUGUGUAGACGCUGAUUGUAAAGAAGGGGAUAGUUGGUUAAAUAUAGAUUAUGAAAUUAUUACUGGAUUUAUGGAUGAGGAUAAUAUUUACCUUGUCUAAAGUUAGAGUAUAGUAGUUUACUCCAAUUAAAUUUUAGAUAUAAAGAAUGCAAAGAAUUAUGGUUUGGUUACAUUUGAUGAUUUUGAUUACUUUUAUUAAGGAGUAGCUAUAUAAAAAAUCGAAAACAAUCUUUAUCAUAUUUAUUGCUCAGAUAAAAACUAAGAUUUUCUAGUAUUGAUUUAGUAAAUUGAUCAAUAAUUUUCAAAAAUUAUAAAUAAUCAAAAUAGAUUUGACUUUUCCCAACAAUAUUGGAAUACACGAUUAAGGAUGAAAAAUUUAUAAGAGUUAAUAAAAUAAGUUCCAACCUAUACGAUAUACUCAAUAAUGAAUUUUAUAUUUUACCCUCAGCUGAAUUGAAUAUGAUUAAAGUUAUUAAUCUGUAAAAUUAAGAUGCUAUAUAUAAAGUUGACUUUAUAAUAUUUGCUACAGAAGGUCCUCACUAUGGAAUAAGAAUGGAGUUCGAUUGUAAAUCUGACUCAUGUGCCCUAAUAUAAGAGCAGGUACUAUACGUACUAUAAGGUUAUGGAGCAAGCAAAGUUCAUAGCCUGAUAUUGCCAAAAGUAUUAAUAAAACAAAAAUAUGUUUCUAUUGUGUAUGAUUUAAAAAAUUAAGGCCUUCGCUCCUUUACCUAGGCGAUAUAUGAACUUCCGGAAAAAGAAUCUAAAAACUAAGCUGUUUUCUUCUAUGCAGCAAUUAAAGAUCCCUCAUAUGGUUAUUAUGAAACUUUUUAAACAGAAAUGUACACAUAUGCAAAUGAGGUAAAAAUUUAGAAGAUAAUAUUAGUUAUAUUUAAUUAGUAAUUUAAAAUAAUAUGGGUAAUUAAGAUUAUACAAGGUGAACUAAUCUCCAAAAUUAUUGAUUGAUGGGAAUAUUAGUUAAACCUAAGUUUCUGUUACAUUAAAAAACGAUUACAUAGAAAGAGGAUUAUCAUUUGACCUUACAAUAUCAGGGAAUGAUUCGGACUAAUCUGAUUAUAAAGGCCACACAGUAUUAUGGAUUAUUUUAGGAAUAUUAGGAGGAUUGAUCGUUUUAGGGAUUGGUUAUAAAUGUUAUACAAAGAAUAAAUCUAAAAACGAGCCUCUUUUAUGA